AUGAGCACAGAGGAUCUCAAUAUAGUGUCCAUCUGGGCAUAUAGUGGUCACUACAAACCAAGCACAGAGGAUCUCAAUAAUUUCAUGAAAUUUCUAGACGAAAAUGGAGUUAAUCUCAAAGAAAUUGAGAUGCGGCCAUUCACCAAAGAAGACUACCAUGAUGGUACAAUGCCUAAUGAAGCACAAAACGUUGUUGUUGUUACCAAUCCUUCGCAAGUGAUUCUCUCUACAGACACAAAGGAAGGUGGUGAAGGCAAGGAUGCUCCAACAGAACAAGCAAAGCUAACAUACCGUAGAACCUUGUCAGGUGGUCUACACAGCCCCAAAGGCACCGAUGUCCCUCAGAAGCCAAUUCUUGAGAGGAUUAAAUCCAAGAGUGAGACUGAAUCUUAUCAGCUUGGCCUCAAGUUAUCCCUAAAAUGGAGCACUGGAGCUGGCCCCAGAAUUGGAUGUGUGAAGGAUUAUCCAACAGAGCUUAGAAUGCAAGCUCUUGAAAUGGUACACCUACUAACAGGGGCAUCGACAGUACCACAUACGUCGUUGCUCGCACAAGCUCAAGAAUGUCAUGACCCGGCUAGCUGGUUAGAAGCCUAG